ACAGUAAAAAAAUAGCUAUUUAAAAUUUCUCAUCUUCACUUCAUCUGUUUCAAAAAUAUUGUUCUUUCAGUUUCCCUUCUUCAUAUUGCCAGAUUCCAUUUUCAUGAAUUUCUCACAGUCACUUCUUCUUCCAUCGUCAGUCCGAGAGAGAGGUAUGUGUUGAUUUUCACAUUUUCCUUUUUUCCCUCAUCUCUCACAAACUCAAUACCUUUAAUUGUAGUUAAUCGAUUCCCAAACAUUUGACUGAUGUCAUUUUUGAGGAGGUUCAAUUAUUAUUUACUGGCAAAACUUUUAGCUUCCAAUUUUCGUGAUAACCAUUUCCCCUCUAUUGGUUUGACCUUUUUUUCUGCAAAACAUUCUGUUCUUUCUGCUUCUUAUUCAACCGCUGGUCUCAGAUAUCAAAGUGAGGGUAAACGCAGUGACAUUAGGAAUUUCGACUGUGGUUUGGGGAAAACGGGUCCUGAUUUUCAGGAAAGCUUAAGUUUUGUUGCGAGUGUUUGUGAUGGGGCAGAAGAAGAACAGAGUGAAGAAGGGGAGGGGUCUAGUGAUGACGAUAGUCUUGAGUUUAUCACUUCCUUUAGUGGUAGCAACCAACAACAGAGUGAAAGUAUUGCAAGAAUUGAAAUUGGUGAGGCUGAAGUUAGGCACCCUUUGGUGAGGGAAGUUUGUAGGUUAAUCACACUUAGGUCUGCUUGGAACCCUGAUUUGGAAGGACAUUUGAGGCACUUGUUGAGAAGCCUCAAGCCCCCACUUGUUUGUGCUGUCUUGCGCUCUCAGACUGAUGAACGUGUUGCUUUGAACUAUUUUUAUUGGGCUGAUAGGCAGUGGCGCUACAGACAUGACACUAUUGUGUACUAUACAAUGCUGUAUGUUCUUAGCAAGACCAAAUUGUGCCAAGGUGCGAGGAGGGUUCUUCGGCUAAUGACUCGCCGCGGAAUUGAAUGCUCACCCGAAGCUUUUGGCUAUGUGAUGGUGUCUUAUAGCCGUGCAGGCAAGUUGAGGAAUGCAUUGCGAGUUUUGACAUUGAUGCAGAAAUCUGGUGUUGAACCUGAUUUAUCUAUAUGUAACACUACUAUCUAUGUUCUGGUGAAGGGCAAUAAAUUGGAGAAGGCGCUGAGGUUCUUGGAACGAAUGCAGGUGGUUGGAAUCAAACCCAAUGUUGUAACUUACAACAGCUUGAUCAAGGGUUACUGUGAUAUAAAUCGGAUUGAAGAUGCAUUGGAGCUUAUUUCAGAAAUGCCAUCCAAGGGUUGUCGUCCGGAUAAAGUUAGUUAUUAUACUGUGAUGGCUUUUCUCUGUAAGGAGCGAAAAAUUGAUCAAGUGAAGCAUCUAAUGGAGAAGAUGGUUCAGGAUUGUAACUUGAUACCAGAUCAGGUUACAUAUAAUACGCUUAUCCACGUGCUUUCAAAACAUGGGCAUGCAGAUGAGGCUCUUGCUUUCUUAAAGGAAGCAGAAGAGAAGGGUUUCCACGUGGAUAAGAUUGGGUAUAGUGCAAUAGUUCACUCGUUCUGUCAAAAUGGAAGGAUGGAUGAGGCAAAAAGUUUAGUUAUUGAUAUGCAUUCAAGAGGAUGUAAUCCGGAUGUAGUGACAUAUACUGCAAUUAUCAAUGGAUUUUGUCGCUUGGGGAGGAUAGAUGAAGCAAAAAAAAUGCUGCAGCAGAUGAACAAACAUGGGUGCAAACCAAAUACGGUAUCAUAUACAGCUUUGUUGAAUGGCCUCUGUCAUAGUGGAAAAUCAUUAGAGGCAAGAGAGAUGAUAAGUGUAAGUGAGGAGCAUUGGUGGACCCCAAAUGCCAUCACUUAUGGUGCCGUGAUGAAUGGGCUUCGUAGGGAGGGAAAAUUGUCAGAGGCCUGUGAUUUGACCAGGGAAAUGAUUGAAAAAGGGUUUUUCCCUAAUCCAGUUGAAAUUAACCUGUUAAUACAGUCACUCUGCCGAAAUCAGAAAGUAGUAGAAGCUAAAAAGUAUUUAGAGGAAUGUCUGAAUAAGGGAUGUGCAAUUAAUGUCGUAAAUUUCACUACUGUAAUUCAUGGUUUUUGUCAGAUCGGUAGCAUGGAAGGUGCACUAUCUAUGCUAGAUGACAUGUACUUAAGUAACAAACACCCUGAUGCUGUCACAUAUACGACAUUGUUUGAUGCAUUGGGGAAGAAAGGUAGACUGGAUGAGGCAGCUGAGUUGAUUGUAAAGAUGCUCAGCAAAGGUUUGGAUCCAACUCCUGUAACAUACAGAUCAGUUAUCCACCGUUAUUGUCAAUGGGGUAGAGUAGAUGAUAUGUUGAACUUAUUGGAAAAAAUGCUCGUUAGGCAGCCAUUUAAAACCGUAUACAAUCAGGUUAUUGAAAAACUUUGUGAUUUUGGGAACCUUGAGGAGGCUGAGAAACUACUGGGGAAGGUAUUGAGAACAGCAUCAAAACUCGAUGCCAAUACAUGCCAUGUUGUGAUAGAAAGCUAUCUAAAGAAAGGGUUUUCUCUAUCAGCGUAUAAAGUGGCUUCUCAAAUGUUUAGACGUAAUUUGGUUCCUGAUUUAAAGUUGUGCAAGAAAGUGAGCAAGCAGCUGGUGUUAGAUGGUAAGUUAGCCGAGGCUGAUAACCUUAUGUUACGAUUUGUUGAGCGUGGAAUACAACAAAAAUGAGAUGCAUUUGUGAGGUUAGCUGCUAUUCAAAGCUUAAGUCUCGUAACAAUGAUUUGUUUUAAAUUUCCUUUAUCAUUUUUAUUUUGCUGGUAUUCCAUCUUGUAACCUUUCAUGUGGCUAGGCAAUUUUGAGGCAACAAUGAUUUUCUUUUGAGAGCUCAUAUAACUAUCAUUAUAUGAUUUAGAUGAUUUUAUAAUUUUUUUAGUUCAGUCACAUCACUUUCCAUUCUCUGGUGGUAAUGAUAUGCAUUGAAUACCACUCACAAGAGCACACUCCCAGUUUUAUCUAAACUUCAAACUGAUCAAUCAAUCCUCCGCCAAAAUAUUCCAAUUGUACAUGAUCUUAUGAUAAAGCCAUUCCUUGAUAAGAUAUGUUACCAUCAGCAGAAAUUCAUAGGUUAAGGAUCUUCGUGGAUUUCUACCCCUGUUGGUUCAGUUGGUCCACCACGUAGCCCUACAUGUCAGUGCUUUAACGCCUAUAUAGGAUGGAUGCAUCUGCAGUAACACUAACUCACAACAUCAUUGUCGAUGACUGAAUUUCCAGUUGAAAUUACCAAAGGAAAAAGUUGUUCAAAGAUUUGUAGCACAAGACGAGGAGAUAUAAUAGCAUGAGGAAAUAAAAAUUCAAGCAAGGAAAAGACAUCUACAGGUAAAAUUCGACGUAGAAAUGAGAAGAAUUGAGGUUCUUGGCUGUAGAUGUCCAUAUUCAUUGGAAAGAAACUUCUUAUAUAAGAAUUCAAGAAUUUUGUUAAGAUUAA